UCGAUAUCAUUCGCUAGCCACAUUGUUCGCCCAACACAACUCAUCAGCAAACAAAAGCUAAGCAAGAUAAUGGCUAAGGUGCUUCUUGUUUUAUUGGCGUUGCUGGCGUUUAGUGUGGCUGCGCCAACGAGAGGCCGUUUACAGAAUCGUCGCACAUCGGUAAGCUGGAAUAAAGCGGACAAUACGAUAGAAGAAGUGUCCGGAGUGGAGGGUGACAAUGGUCAACAGCAGCAGCAGCAACAGCAGCAGGAGCAGCAGGAGCAGCAGCAGGAGCAACAGGAACAGCAAGAGCAACUAGAACAGGAGACACAGGAGACUCGGAAACAAGAACGGAUGGUUGAUUACAUUGAUCGCCAACGUGGCCAGCGCUCGGGAGCGGGCUGGCUGGAAGAUCGCGAGGCCCGUAAUCGUGAGGCCAUCGAUCGUGCGCAGGGACGUCUCCCGGAGCGUGAGCUGCGCAGAUGGAACGAUCGUAAGGUCAAAAAGGGAGGCAAACAUUUCCGUGGCACCGUAAAAGCCAAAGAUCAGACGCUCGAAGAACAGAAGGCCAACGGAGUGGAUGAGUAUUACAACGAUUUCCCGCUGUACGAUUUCGCCUACGGUGUGUACGAUCCGGCCACCGGUGACAAGAAGGAACAGUGGGAGAAGCGUGUCGGAGAUUUCGUGAAGGGAAAGUAUACGUUGGAGCAACCCGAUGGAACCAAGCGAAUCGUGGAGUACGAGGCCGAUGAUAAGAAUGGUUUUGAAGCGAUCGUGAAAGAGAUCGAUCGUAUCGAUGGUCGCAAUGGUGUGAAGUGGGGUCACACGGAUGAGGAUGUUGCCCAAAGUUACUCCAAGCUGAACAAGUAUGAUUAAUUGAGAUAAAUAAAAAAGAUUUCUUCUUUAAAACAUA